AUGGCAGGCAUGAAAACAUUAAUCAUUAUUUUCGUUAUCAUGUUCCCAGUCGCGAUGAUAACAGAGGAAGAUGUAAAUCAUGGAGGUAACAACUAACAACUACAACAAAUUUAAUUGCGCACCUGCGGAUUGUCGCCAUUAUAUUUCAGCGUCCUGUCUACUCUGCUUCAUGUACAGAAAGCCGCUUAAAAUUUUCACUUUUACACUUUCCCUAAAACAUCAUUCCGAGGAUUUAUUCACCAUAAUUUUUACAUCGUCCAUAAAAUUUGCAUGAGAAUUGUUUUCAAUUUUUCCUGUAAGUAUAAGCAGUCAUAUUACUGAUGCAAAAUUUUUGGGGGGUAAACAAGAUGUUUUACGGGCGAUGUAAAAAUGGUGAAUAUGUUAACAACUUCUAAUAUUAUUAUUAUUUUUUAAUUUUACACUUCAAAAAUGCGCGAUCAACAUUUGGCAAGAUUUCUUUCGUUCAGUGUCCGUUCAUGAAUUGCUUUACGCUAUUGUUUCCUUCUCUAAUGGAUUUGAAAUACAUUUGCUAUACAGUCAGCCCUCCCUUAACAAACACCUCUUUAGACGGACAACCCUCUGGUGUUGGCCCCUGUCAUUGUCCAGUCAUUUGACUGUAACUAUGCUCUCUAUAAGACGGAAACCUCUCAAAGACGGACAACCGACUCUUUUGAAACCAUUAACGGACAAUUGAGAAGUGCUUUAGGUAGUGAAAAAUACCGCGAAACGGAAAUGUAGGUGCACUACAUGACAGUAUAGAUUGCAAAUAGGGUAAGCAAAUUACAUACCCAAAUACAGUACGCGUCUUCUUACAGCUCGUAUCUUCUAAAGCCAAAUGAAGAGAACGUCUUAACCUGUAAAACAAACAAUCUUCUCGGUCUUUUAGCUGAACUGUUUGAGCCUUGUAGGAACUUCAGAAAGUGACAUCAAAACAAACCGUUAUAACGACUUAAUUUUCAUGAUUUAGUACUUACGGUAAUUAAUGUACAGUAGAACCCCGGUAAUUCGAAUUUUGAAGGGAAACAAAAAAUUAAGUUGCCAUGUUACAACUACAUUUUUAAUCAAGGGAUAGGAAAUUUAGUUCGAGUUAGCAGGAAAUUCGAGUUAUCCGAGUUCGAGUUAGCCGUGUAAGGAUGAUUGGAAAGUGGGUGAAACUCGAGGGAAAUUGGACUUAGUUUAGUGUUACUGUUGCUGUUCAGUAGACGCCGUGAACGGUUACAUGUAUACGAACCACGUGUGAUUGUACAAUGAGAAAAUGAUUCACCUUUCGAGUACAUUAUAGUUCAGAUUUUUUUAUUGUUUUGCACAAGUGUAACAGAUGUGUAUUUAUCGCGAAUAAGUUCAGCUUUAUUUCCUUGUAAUUACUGGCGCCACCUUACUUUGACUGUCUAUUAGCGGGACACCUCAGUCCCUUUAAUAGACGGAGAGUCGGGACGGGACCAGAAGGUAUCUGUCUUAGAAAAAAUUGACUGUAUUAUUAUUAUAAUAUUAUUAUUAACAAUUAUUCCUCGAGCCCGAAUGGGCUCUGAGUCAAUAGCCCAUGAUAAAAUGUCGUUAGCUUACAGAUUAAAAUUUUUUGUUCAUUUGUGAUGCUACUUUGCAGUUUGUCCUGUUCCGAGGAAUAAAGAAGAGGAGGAGUUUAUUAAAGAGCGCGAAAGAAACAGAGAACUAAUGGAAGAAAUCGCCAGAGAAAUUGAAAUGACGUGCUUAGGUAGGUUAAAAAAUGAAAAUAAAUAACAAUAUUAAAAACCUUGGAUGAGCAAGUCCUUCCGCGCGAAUUGCGCACCCUUUUCAAUAGUUUAACCCUUUGGGACAGCUGGGUGUGUUCUAUAUGGAACAAUGCAAAUUUUGCAUAUCUAAAGCCACUUACCCUUUUAGCUUAACCCAUUUAGUUGUUAAGCAGCGAAUCCAGGAAGUUAUACAUACAUAUACUGUCCACAGGUAGCCAUUUCGACUCCUGAUCAUGAGGUUCAAGGUCCCUAUAUUAAAAUUUCUUCCUACAGAUAACUCACUCAGCCGAGGAAAGGUUGGUCACACCACCGGAAUCAUCGUCCCCUACUCUUUUCGAACAGUGGUGUGGGUUCUUUUAGGUUUCACAAGUACCAGAUAACCAGCGGUUUUUCUUCCCUAUCUGAGAAUAUUACAAAUUCUAACCGUUUACAGAUGUCAUUACAAAGGCAGCACUUUCUCCUCAGUUAUUCAAUGACCCCCGGUGUUGGUCCGGUCAGGGUUUGAACCCGCGCCCUCCCUCUCAGCAGACCGGCUCUCUACCGACUGAGCUAACCAGACGGUGAAGGUUAAAAGACUUGGUACACUGCUACCUUAUUAUGGAAAUCCUGACUAAUCCCAUUACAGUUAUAGACCAACAUUUUGGGCAAAAAUCCACUGCCAAUUUCGCUAUUCUCCCGGACUAAUUUUUUCAGUUUAAAUUCACCUUAUUCCGGAAAGCUAAAUAGCCCCAAUUCCGCGAGAUGAAAGGCUAUAAGUUGGACUAGAUAUGUAAAGGAAUAAAUGAGAUCAGGCAAGAAAGCUUCCGAAAACGAUUAUGCUAUUUUUUUUUUUCUAAAAACGCACAAAAUUUUCGGAAAUUGGAAUUUGAUGGUAAUAUUUUUGACAAAUGAUUUCUAGUCCAUGAGUCAUUUUGCGAGAAGUGGGUAAAAAAGCAAUUUCGUAGCAACCUCUCAUGGAAAAAAGUUUCGUCACUUGGUAGCAAAUGAAAACUUAGGGUGCGCUAAAUUUUGAUCAGUCCGUUUCUAAAGAUGAGACUUGAUGAGCGUUAUUUGGAAAAAUUGGGGGCUUAAACGGUUGUGGAUGAGGAGAAAUUUUUCCCUUAAAUAAUAAAACUAUAUGCAAAUUCGAAGCCUUUCUCUCAAGUUAUUAACCCUUUCAAUUCGAUCAAACUUUUUCAAUUGAUAUACAAUUCUGAUAACAAUCGAUUUCGACAUACAUUUUAAAAGAAAAAUCAACGAUACAAAGGUAACACGAUGUUUCUAUGACUCCAUGUCAUCAUUAUCAAAUGCGAAGAAAAUUAUCAUGAAUUGGUGAUAUAUGCACCGCGUAGCCUAGCAACACGGUACUCAACAGGCCCUUGAGGGAUGCAACAUUUCUUGAUUGGAGUAUUGAGACCAACGUUUUCUGAAUCAGUUUUAACCAAGAGAUCAUGAUAUCAGUUGUUUGAGCUCAAAAAAAGGCAAAAUAAAUAAUCAAAAUAACUGUUGAAAAGGGAAUUCUUGUAACUAACCUCUACUUGCUAAUUUGUAGACGAGUGUAAAGCAGGACUACAUAACUGCCACGAUGAUGCGUACUGUAUCAACACCAAGCGUUCCUUCACGUGUACUUGCAAAACAGGAUACACUGGGGAUGGUGUCAACUGUGCAGGUAACAUAAUAUGGACAAAGACAAAUAACUAAUUGCAACACUUGUACUCAGUUGCUUUCACAAAAAAAUAAUGAAUAAUAUAUGCUACAACUGGUCGAGCUCGAACUGCAUCCCCAAUUAAGCACACAGGCUUAGUGCCACUCAGGCUGGGGAAACAAAAACUCUGACCAACAGACCUCUGAGACAGGAACACUGUAUAGUAAGAGCACAAAGGCUUAGAGACAGAAACACUUGGGAUCUGUUUUGGAUAUAGCGUACCGGAUCAUCUUCACUAAUAACAAACUGCUGCUAGAAACGGUUCGGGCACAACAUUCAAGGUAAAGAGAUGGAUAAUGAACCUGGCUGGAGGUCUGUAACAUUGCCAAUUUGACCUAAGCGUACAUUGAGACUAAAUACAUAACUUAAGGAACAGGUGCAAAACGAGGGGGCUAACCGUACAAAUGUAUAAAAUAGGAUACAAUUCUGAAAACUAGCAGAGCUGAGCUACCAACAGAAAUGAAUGCGGUCAGACAGAGGCCAGAAAGAAUAAAUAAAUAAAAAAUAAAAAUAAAAAAACUGCCCAAACAUCUCUGAAGGGAAAAGAAUGAGUGUAGGAAAUGUUAAUAGGAACCAAGGACUUUACAAGUUAAUCGAAAUAGGCAGCUCCUAAAAUAAGCCCCCCCCCCCCCAAAAAAAAAAAAAAAAACAAAAACCCCAGGAAACAUAGAUUUAUAUCUUUUUUUUUGCCACCCUUUUGAUUAAUAAAAAAAAAAUAGUAACACAAAAGACACCUAUAUAUUAUAAUCAAUGCCUUUUUUUUUUUAUUCUUUUUAAAAAAAAAAAAAAAAAAAAAAAAAAAAAAAAACCCCCAAAAAAUACUUAGAGGAAAAAAAUGGAGGUAAGGAAAAUUAAUAAGAAACAAGAGCUUUUAAAAAUUAACCAAAAAGCACCCCCCAAAAAAAACCCCCCCCCCCCCCCCAAAAAAAAAAAAAAAGGAGAAAACCGAAGGAAGGUUGGUUCAGAAGCCUAGAUGACGCACACGUGAUAUGUAAUACCACAGGUAUGGCUACCCAUGGUGCCCCUGGCCUAACACCCAGGCCCUGCUGUUUCUCGUGCCGUCAAAAUAAUUAUUUCUUAUUCUUUUGCGGGCUCAUUCGUCAUAAAAGAUAUAACUUGCAACAUGUAAAACCUUUAAUAAUUAUUUGCCACUGAUUUUUUCUGGCAUUUUACCGUUGUUAUAAGUGGCAUGAAUUGAAUUAGUGUUCCUUGAAAUUGCUUUAUUUUGGAAAUUGAUUUAUUCGUUCGUGGACUAUUUCUACUACUCGAAAGCGUUGCAUUACUACUGAUCCCUCAUUCAAUAGACAUAAAAAUCGAACUGAUUCAGUUUGAUAACUCAGCAUUAACUCUUCAUUUCCAGAUAUAGACGAGUGUGAAACAGAAAAACACAACUGUGACGUCACUAGAUGGUGCUAUAACACUAAAGGAUCCUUCGACUGCCCUUGCAGGGAAGGUUAUUCUAAAAAUGGAGAAGAUAAAUGUACAGGUAACACUUCAAGAUCCCUUAAAUGAAAGGCUCAGAGACUUCGUAGCCACGUGUCUUUCACAUCAAUUUCCUUUGUUCGAAAGUCGUUUUCCACCGAAGUUGCCUUAAUGUAAGUCGCGUUAAUUUCCAUACUACCUUUGAGUAUCAUAGAGCAUUAAUUUCCUGUAUAAUAAGGCGGGUAAUUUAUCGUAAUUCCAAUAAGCCAUUUUCGACUUCACUCGAACUUCUGUCUUAAAACGAGGCGAAGUGCGAAGCCUUUUGAUUAGAAAAUUAAUUUCAAAGGAGAAAGGAGUAAGAAAGACCUCGUUUUGAAAAUAAGACUUUUUGGAUAUUAAAAUAUUGAUCGCAUAAAAUGGCUAUUAUGGUAGCCCACAGUUAUCUACCGUGAAAGAAAAACUAGAUCAGUUUAUUCAGUGCUUGACUUCUUAAUUGCAGAUAUAAAUGAGUGUGAAGCAGGAAAGCACAACUGUCAUGCAAACGCUAUUUGCAAAAACACUGAAGGAUCCUUUGUAUGCACCUGCAAGCCAGGGUAUUCUGGGGAUGGAGUUAACUGUGCAGGUGAAAACAGAGCGUCGGUCUUCUUCAUAAUAUUUUCUUAAUGAAAUCCAUUUAUCUUGCAUUAAACCCAAGUUCAGCCACAAGGUAGUAAGCUGCUUAGUACCUAGAGGCUCCGUUUGUCUUUUAAGCUGAAUAAUAAGUAUCGAAAUGCCCUUGCAUACUGCUAUAGUUUGUGAUUUGUAGAAUCUGUAUGCAAUUUUAGCCAUAAAAGUAACAUGCUUGAGAUCUUUAAGUCUUUUUUUAAUGAAUUAUAAUUGUCCCCAUGCAAGAUUGUGAUGUCGGCACACGCAUUCAUGCUGGGUGAGCUUUCUGCAUUUAAAAUCAGAUCAUUUUCGGUACACAAUUCCGUCUUUUGUUCCUCACCACCUUUAGAGUUUUAGCGGUAAUGUGUCUUUUUUUAUUCCUCCUUCUGUUGGCAGUUUUUCUUCCGUUGGGAAGUCGUUCUCCAUUCUCCAGUAUCUUGCUUCCUUGGGUUUUUCUAUCUCCUCUAUCUACACAUGUGAUGUUAUUUGUUCAUUUCUCAGCGCCCUAAUAUUUAGCAAUAAUCUUUUUGAUUCUCAGUAUAGCUAGAAAGCCCUCUCUCUCUCUCUCCGAGGCUCUCUCUCUCCUCCGACCGUACCCUGUUGGUAGUUUUUCUUAAGCUGGGAAGUCCUUCUGCAGUCUCCAUUAUCUUGCCUCCUUAGGUUUUGCUAAUCCUCUAUCUAUACAUUUGAUGUUAUUUCUUCAUUUCUAACCGGCUCAAUAUAUAGCAAUAAUCUUUUUGCAUCUCAGUAAAGCCAGAAAGCUCUCUCUUCUGACGGUACCCAAUCCUAGAAAAUGAAAGGUUAAGUAAAUCAGUUUUGAUGAUUCAGUCCUACACCUGAUUUGCAGACAUAAACGAGUGUAUAACAGGAGAACACAACUGUGAUGCUAAAGAAAAAGACUGCAAUAACACUGAAGGAUCUUUCAAGUGUACUUGCAAGCCAGGGUAUUCUGGGAACGGAGUUGACUGCACAGGUAAUUAUAUUUUAAUAAAGACCUGGAUCGUCUUAAUGCUAACCCUCCGACGUACACGCAAAUUCAAACCCCCACCGUGGUACAAAGGCGGGGGGCGGUGGAUGAAACCCCUCCCCGGAGUUUUUGAUAUGUUGCAGCAUUUCCAAACGAUUUUACCUUAAGUGGAGAGCCUUUGAUAUUCUUAAGAAGAUGAGGUAUAUUUUAUGGAUGGUGGCGCUGCUGGAGGCCUGUGACGUCACCAACAAUGAUCGCCAUCUUGGAUUUUAACAAGAAUAAGAAAUCAAGUUAAAACCGCGAGAAAUAGUAAUUUUUUGUGCUUUACAUGAAAAAUAACACAUAAAUAAGCACUCGGCACGAUUUAAGCCGCAAGAUUUACUCUUAUUGUUGAAAGAAGUUGAAAAAACAUGUAUUUUAACCCAAAUAUGGCUUGACCGCCUGCUCCUUAUGACGUCAUAUCUCGUAACCAUAGCAACUGACCAUCACUGAAUUUGUCUCAAAAAGUGCGAAGGGUUGAAAGAACAGCUACUGAAAACGUCACAUGCUGAUGUUUUAUCCUCUAGGGAAAAAAAAAUCAGAAAAACCUUACGGGGAGGGGUGGUAUCCACCCCCACCCCCCUCGUACGUCCGAGGGUUAAGGCUAUUUCAGUAUCAUUUGUCUCGAGUUCACGCAUUUGAGUCAGUAGAAUUUAUAAGAGACAUUUCCAAAUGCACAAAUAAAAGUUUGAAGUCUAGCAUCAUCGACAAAGUGAUCGUUGUCAUAAUUAGUAAUUACUUAAUGAGGGUAAGUAGGAUGUGAAGAAUUAUGUAGAGUGAAGAGGAUGUUAUCCCCAGUUUUGUGGUGACCCAAUACAGCUCGAUCGACCUUACAUCUGAUCAAUCCACUGAAGGCCGUACUUCCUCCAGUAAAGGUAGAUAGAUAGAUCGGUUUAACAAAAUAAUCAAAUUGCAGCCGGCAGGCUAAAUUGCUUAAUUAUUUACAACACCAUAAAAGGUAUAAAAUAAUGGUAAAAGGCUAAUUACCAUUUUGUUAACGUAUCGGUAAAGGAAAACGAGGUGCCCACAGAAAAAAAUUCUAGUCGCGCUAGUAUUUUCGCUACAAAGGCAAGUUAUAUAUCAAAUUAAAGCUAAAAGACUAAAUUACCUUAUAAAAGAUUUUAUUUCAUCGAAUUUCAAAAGGCGCUUAAGUUUUUUGUUCUCGAACUCAGAGGUAUCGAGUUUACUGCUGAAGCUCCAGCCCUUUCGCGUUGUUAAAUAUUCACUUCCUUUUUAUUGCAUCUGAUUGACAGAUAAAAGACCUAAAAACGGGUGUGAGGAAAUUUGCAUAUGUCUCGUAUUAGCGGAAUUAUUGCAUUUCAAACUAAAAAGUCGAAUCUCGAGCGCGAUUUACGCAAAGAAACUGACAUAAAAUGAGUUAUAAAGGGAAAUUGGAAAAUUCUUCACACCCUUUUUGAGUCCACAUCAUUAUCCAUCAUAUCUGAAAGUUUCAAAGCGAUAGCUUAAAACCCGUCCCGACUGGAGGUCGGAGAAUUUUGAUUUUUGCGUCUAAAAUAGAGUGAGUGUCACGCAAUAGACAGGGGCUGUCAAUCACUUUUCGCGCGCAAUUUAUGGCGGGAAACAGAAAAGGCUCAUUUUAGAAGGGUUAAAAAGCACUUUCUGAUUUUCUUUUUCUGCCAAAAUAAAAUUUAGGACCCAUUCAUGCCAAAAAUCCAAAAAAAAAAAAAACAAAAUUGAGCAAUGUACUAAAAUUUUCAUUUACCGAGACCUUAAUUAGCAAAAAGAAAAGAAAAAUAAUGUAAUAAGACAUAAACUGACAUUAUAAUAACAUGUUUGCACGACCGCACAUGACUGGUAUGAAGGACUUUUUGAAGCGGUUUGUGCGAGAGCGGGGACAAGUCGUAAACUCGAUCUCUCAUGCCUGGUAUGGUAGUAGCCUUAGUGGUUCGGAGAAAGGAGGCAAGCGAGUUUGUGCCUGUCCGAGGAUAUACUAUUAAACAGCUUACUGUAAUACACUGAUCGUUACACCUAUCAUAAAGUGCUGAGACCAAAACUGAAGUUAAUAGUGUUCGUAUGAUUUAUCAGGCGCCAUUAUGGACAGCGCUCUUUUAUGUACACGCUCACUUAGAUAGUCGGUUAGGUUAUGGUGGAAAAUCGGCGAGCAAUAUUCUAGUACGGGUCUUAUUACUGUACGGUAGAAGUUCACAAUAUCUUUAAAGCUCAAGCUGAACCAAAAAAAUACAAACGCGGGUGUGCUUGCGGGGAAGGUUAUUCUAAAAAUGGAGAAAAUAAAUGUACAGGUAACACUUAAAGAUCCCUCAUUUGAGACACUCACUGAGAUACUUCGUAGCCACGUCUCUUUCCCAUCACUUAAUUUCCUCUGUUCGAAAGUCGUUUUCCACUACAUUCGCCUUAAUUUAAGUCGCGUUAAUUUCCAUAAUACCUUUUAGUAUUAUAGAGCAUCAAUUUCCUAUAAUAAGGCAGGUAUUUAAUUGUAAUUCUUAUAGUCCAUUUUCGACUUCACGCGAGCUUCUGUCUUAAAACGAUGCGAAGUGCGAAGCCUUUUGCUAAGAAAAUUAAUUUCAAAGGGGAAAGGUGUAAGAAAGACCGCGGUUAGAUAAUGAAAGUUUUUGGAUCUCGGAAAAUAAUAUUGAAAUAUUGAUCGCAUAAAAUGGCUAUUAUGGUAGGCCACAGUUAUCUACCGUGAAAGAAAAACUUAAUCAGUUUAUUCAGUGUCUGACUUCUUAAUUGCAGAUAUAAAUGAGUGUGAAGCGGGAAAGCACAACUGUGAUGCAAACGCUGAUUGCCUAGACUUUGAUGGAUUUUUUCUGUGCAUCUGCAAGCCAGGGUAUUCUGGGGAUGGAGUUAACUGCACAGGUAAUAACAGUACCUUGGUUGUAUUUAUAAUCUUUUCCUAAUCAACUCCAUUUAUCUCGCAUUAAACCCAAGUUCAGCCACAAGGUAGUAAGCUGCUUAGUACCUAGAGGCUCAGUUUGUUCUUUUAAGCUGAAUAAUAAGUAUCGAAAUGCCCUUGCGUACUGCUAUAGUUUGUGAUUUGCAGUAUCUGAAUGCAGUCUUUGCCUUAAAAUUAACAUGCUCGAGAUCUUUAAGUUUUUUUAAUGUAUUAUAAUUGUCCCCAUUCAAGAUUGUCAUGUCCGCACACGCAUUCAUGCUGGGUGAGCUUUCUGCAUUUAAAAAUCAGAUCCGUGUGUGUACACAAUUCCGUCUUUUGUUCCGCACCACCUUCAGAGUUUUAGCGGAAACGUGUCUCUUUUUAUUCCUCCUUCUGUUGGCAGGUUUUCUUCAGCUGGGAAGUCAUUCUGAAUGCUUCAGUAUCUUGCUUCAUUAGGUUUCGCUCAUCCUCGAUCUAAACAUGUAAUGUUAUUUGUUCAAUCACUCACCGCCCCAAUAUAUAGCAAUAUUGUUUUUGCUUUUCAGCAAAGCAAGAAAGCUCACUCUCUCUGUCUUUUCUCCGUCUGUCUGUCUGUCUCUGUCUCUCUGUCUCUCUGUCUCUCUACCGACCAUACCCAAUCCUAGAAAAUAAAAGGUUAAUUAAAUCAGUUUUGAUGAUUCAAUCCUACACCUGAUUUGCAGACGAAAACGAGUGUAUAACAGGAGAACACAACUGUGACGCCAAUGCAGACUGCAAUAACACUGAAGGAUCUUUCGAGUGUACUUGCAAGCCAGGGUAUUCUGGGAACGGAGUUGACUGCACAGGUAAUUAUAUUUUAGUAAAGACCUGGAUCGUCUUAAUGUUAAGGCUAUUUCAGUAUCAUUCGAGUUCACGCGUUUGAGUCAGUAGAAUCCAUGAGAGACAUUUCCAAAUGCACAAAUAAGAGUUUGAAUUAAAUUGCCGCCGACAGGCAGAAUUGCGUUGUUUUUGCGUUCAAGGUACGAGAACGCAACUCCUAAUUUGUGUUGGGUGUUCUGUGCAUUAUUGGGUGACCUGUGCAAUUAAUAAGGGAGGUUUUUUUGAGAUUGCAUUUUUGUUCGUCGUUGUCGACACACAUUUGCCUCGCUUUGAGGCGCUUGCUUAAGGUUUGCCUUACUUUGACGCGCUAACUCAUGUGGUGAUUCUUGUGUCCUCGGCGUUCAUCCUUCAAAGGUUUGCUAAGGUCUGAUAUUCUGUCUUCGUAAAGCGUUCAUCUUUUAAAAAGUUUGCUGAAUCUUCGUAAAGCGUACAUCGAUCUGUCAUUGCUGAAUCGUCCAAAGCGUUCAUCUUUCAGGAGUUUGCUGUUAAAUUUUACUUUGGAUUAAGCCUUCUUAUUUUUCAGCAUGGUUCGUCACUGUCUUUGGAAAAUGUCUGCGACUCCUGGUGCAUGCAUCAAACCGGGUUUACUUCGGCGGCCGUUAUGCCACAAAGUAAAUUUACCGAGUUGUAUAGCUCGGCAGCCGUUUUGUCACAAAGUAAAUUUACGAGUUGUGUAGCUCGGCAGCCGUUUUGUGCCACAAAGUAAAUCUACCGAGAUGUGAUGCUCGGCGGCGUCAUUUGACCAUGACUUGUGAUAUUUUCGGCACCAGACAAAGUACACUUUAACUCUAUGUUAUUUAUUACGAAAAACUUAUAAAUCAGCCCACAGUAGCGCCACUCUCGAGUCACUGAAAUCAACACGCUCGACCAAAUUACUGGAAAAGUUAUUGACGUGAGCCGCACACACGUUCCAUUGAAGGCUUUGAUAGGGUUAGUGCGAAGUUUGAAUUCAGAUGUGAAAGCUUUUAAACCAGUAAAUUCAAUGUAAUUCAUUUUGUCAACAAGUUGAUGAUUGGAUGCUGUUAAAAUAACAGAGAAAAUUAUCCGAAAAAAUUUUUUUGAAGAAAGAAAAAGAAUCCCGGGUUAAGAACUAAUCGGCCUUUGAGAAACUGCGCCCUGUAACUCGCGCCAGUAAAACAAAAUGUUCCAUUUACACGUCCGACGCAAUGGGCGAUGUCUCCUCCGAUUAAAAGCACUUGACACCGAACCAUACGAUAUCUUUUGAAAACGUUCUUAAAAUGAUACACAGUUUAAAUAGAGGUUUCGCUGUACGCAACCCUUACGUUCAAAAUAUGCCAUAAUCAUAUUUAUCUACAUCGCAACCACCCUUCCGCCUCAACAAACAUAUCGAACGCACUCUCCUAAGCUCCGAUUACCCCUAGUUUAAUACAAUACUAUAAAAGGUAUGAAAUAAUGUUAAAAUUCUAAUUACAAUUUUCUUAAUGAGGAAAAGUGAUACUAAAGAACUGAAAAAGAGAAGAAAAAUAUCGUAAUACUAAUAAUAACAUGUUUGCACGACCGCACAUGGCAGCUGGUAUGAACGAGUUUUUGAAGCGGUUUGUGCCAAAACGGGGCAAGUCGUAAACUCUCUCUUGGCUGGUAUUGUAGUAGCCUUGGUGUUUCGGAGGAAGCAGCUAGCAAGCGAGUUCGUGCUAAUCCGACGAUAUACCAUUAAACAGCUUAAUACACUGAUCGUUAUGCCUAUCAUAUAAAGUGCUGAGACCAAAACUGACUAAACAGUGUUCUUAUGAUUUAUCAGGCGCUAUUAUGGACAGUGUGCUUUUUUUGUACACGCUCACUUAGAUAGUCGGUAAAUAGGCUAUGGUGGAAAAUGGGCGAGCAAUAUUCUAGUACUGGUCUUAUUACUGUACUGUAGAAGUUGACAAUAUCUUAACAGCUUACGCCACCUCUCUUUAGCAGAACCAAAAAAUACAAACGCUUAUUUGCUUCCUUAAUAGUUUCAUUUAUAUAAACGUUCCACUUGAGAUCGCUAGACAGUGUUAUACUUAAAAUUUUGACACUAUUUACAAGAUCUAGCUCCUUCUCGUCGACCACAACAGGGUGAAGACGUGUUGGUUCUUUUUGAAGUCGAUGAUCAUCUAGUUUCAUCUCCUUGCAUUUACGUCAGCAUUUAGUUGCAUGCGUUGCUCACCUGAUCUGUACUCGACGGCACUAACUGCGCUUCGAAUGUUACCCUGUGCACCUCGCGGGACCAACUCAGCAAUAGUAGAGAGAUUAAGCAUCGCGUUUAUGCCAAAUGGCAAACGUGAGAUUCAAGUUGAGAAAUUAUCAAAAUGAGAAAUGAGCAGAUAAAAACAGCUUAAAACAAUUCUUAUGGAUAGAAUUGAUGUGAACCUAUCGAUUUUCAUGUAGUUAAAAUGAACAGUAAACGACAAGUAAAGAGGAAACUUGGUCACGUGGUACAAAUUCACGUUUGCCUUUUGCCGUAAAUGCGAUGCUUAAUCUGUCUAGUAAGUGUCAUCAACGUACUUCCAUAUGUCUGCAUAGGCGUACGGGCCGGGGGGGCGAGGGGGGCUGCAGCCCCCCCAAAUUUUGGGCAACUCAGAUUUUUUGGGCAGCAAGAGAAAAUUUGGGCAAAGCCAGGUUUUACAGACGUUUCCAUGUUUCUUUUUUAUUAUCAUUAUUUUGAAGAGAUAAAUAUUUUAUAUUUUAAUCUGACAAAAAUCCUGACGUCGGCGUAAUAAUCCAGUUACUUUCUCUCGAGACACUGGUUGCCUAGCAUGUGAUGAGUUUCUGGUUUUUAGGAAAGGGUCUCAUACGUUGAUUUACAUAUUUAUAGUUUUUUACUGUUGAGCACUGUACUGCACUGCACUAACUGGAAUGGGCUCUUUCCAGUCGUGAAUUGAUUAGAAUACACUUCUGCAUAUCUUUCUAGAAUCAUCUCCCGCUUGUAGAAUAGUGUAUGGCAGAUAGCAUCAGCAAUGGGUCUGAAAAUGAAGAAGUGGCUGACUAGUUCUCAGUUCGAUAACGGCCAAACAUCAAGAUUUUACUUUUUUACCAUAUUUCUAACGAUAAAAACUUCAUCCCAAAAUAUCCCAAUAACACUCUCACAGUUUCCGUUUUAACUUCACGAACAUCGAGGCGACUAUUUGAGGAAAAAGCUUCCGUGAACGAUUUUGUAAGAACAGUUCCCUGUGCUGAGAAAUGUUACUGCAAGUAAUAUAGGCAAUGGCCGUCAUUUCGUUGCUGUGACAACUCCGAUGUCAUUGCAUUCGUGAUCAUGACAAAUUUUCAUCUUUAUCUAAUAAAACUGUGGUGGCAAUUUUUCCAAAUGUUUGUCUAUGGCGACGUAUAGUAGUUAUGCCCGGAAUUGGGAUGUAUUGACCCUGAAAAACUGUUACAGUAUCGAGCCACCUUCAUAUGCCAGUGCGGCCUAUGUUGUUGUAUCGUAUGGCCCUCGUUUCUUUUCGACCAGUCUUGUACGUUUCGUAAAAAUUCGGGCAACUUGCGAGAAGUUUUUGGGCAAAUGGUUUACCGCCCCCACCUGGCAAAAAAUUUCCCGUACGCCUAUUUAUGUCUGCACUGGAAACCCUGAGGAAUAGCAAUGGGCCUAGUUUGGUUCCUUGAGACACAACAUCGGGCACAGGGCCCCACCCAGAAAAACAGUCUCCAGACAACUUAACGCGUUGUUGUCUAUGCGUUAAGAAGUCGGCCACCCAGAGGGCAACAGCGCGAGGAAUAGGUAGGCCGAAACCUUUGCGCACAAGCAGGGUGUGGUCGCUUAGAUCGACGGCCUGCCUACAAUCGAACAGGACCACUCUCACAGCAGCCCAAGGCCUGUAAGUGGCUUGUAACGAGGUAUGUAGCAUAGACGUAAGGGCGUGUAGGGAAGAGGACGCUGGAUGCAACCAUACUGUUUUGUAUCAAUCACCUCUAGAACCGCAAGGCCGACAUGGAGAGCGACGAUAAUGUUACAUAUUACAGGGGUUACGAAGAUCGGACGAAGAUGUUUGUUGAUGUCGGUAACAGGUUUUAGCUUGGGGACAGGCACUGCAUCGGCCAUCUUCCAGGUCUCCACGUCUUUGCUCCGCGAAACUGCUGUUUAGCACAGCUGUAACUGCGCAGGCAAGGAUGUCUGCAUACUCCUUCAACAACCAUUUGGGUACACCAUCGUGUCCAGUCGCCUUCUUAGGAUUAAGCCUUUUUAAAGCAGAAAAACGGCGGGCUUCGAAAGGGUUAGCGGUGAGAAAUCUUCAUUGUGUGACGGGAGAGAUUCAAGCCUUUGGAGGGACUCCAUUGGUUGUAGGAAUGCAGAGUUGAUUUUUUUGGAAAUCUCUCAGUGCUCAGACAGAAGAGUGCAACCCUCGAUCUGUAAGUUGGCAAACAAGGAGUCUGAGCCUGGAGCGAGGGCAAUGCCAGCGAUCUGCUUUAAGUGGUUCGAUUUUGAAGCGUAGUAGUUGCUACCGAGAACUUAACGCUUGCAAUUGACCACAUCACGGUAGUGUCGGAAAAGCUGAGUGUCCCCGUACUAAUUGUCUGUUGGCGAAGAGUUCAUUUUGUCAACAAGUUGAUGAUUGGAUGCUCUUAAAAAUAACAGAGAAAAUUAUCCGAAGAAAUGUUUUAAAAGAAAGAUAAAGAAUCCUGGGUUAAGCACCAAUCGGCCUUUGAGCAAAAUGUUCUAUUUACACGCCCGACGCACUCUGGCCAAUGUCUCCUCCGAUUACAAGCACUUGACACCGAACCAUACGAAAUCUUUUCAAAACUCUUCUUAUAAUGAUAUACAGUUUAAACAGAGGUUUCGCUGUACGCAACCCUGACGUUCAAAAUAUGCUAUAAUUAU